UUACUUUUCUUUCUUUUUUCGCUUCUGUUUUUCAUUAAUUUCCGAACUUUUUCGAAUUUCAUAAUUGUGAGUUGGGAUUUCAAAAAUAAAGUGUAGUGAUUAUAUUUUUCUAUGAUUUAAAUGAUUUUGAAGGUUUGCUGGUGUCAAGUAUGUUCUUGUGCUGAUAGUUCAAAUAAAUAAAUUGUAUAAGAGUAAAGUUUUCUGCUUUAAACUUGAAAAAAGAAAGAAAGAAGAAGAAUGGAAUCUAGCAAUGGAAAGGAAGCAGAAGGGGCAAUGAAGGAAGAGAAAAGCAAUACCCAUCAAGAAGUAGAAACUGUUUCAAAUGCAGAAGAGCCGAAAUUGGGCUCUAAAGUGGGUAGUAUGAGCAAUAAAGAAAUGUACUUUAGAGCAGAUAAAAUAGAUUUCAAGAGCUGGGAUGUUCAGCUAGAGAAGCAUUUAAGCCGUGCAUGGUCAAGGGAUACGGAAGUGCAAUCAACAAGAAAGGAGGAGUGGGAGAUUGAUCUGGGAAAAUUGGAUAUAAGGCAUGUUAUUGCUUACGGGACUUAUGGGGUUGUGUAUAGAGGCAAUUACGAUGGCCAAGAUGUUGCUGUGAAGGUAUUGGACUGGGGGGAGGAUGGCAUUGCUACUGAUGCUGAAACUGCGGCUCUCCGAGCAUCAUUCAAGCAAGAGGUUGCUGUUUGGCAAAAGCUUGACCAUCCUAAUGUUACAAAGUUUGUUGGAGCUUCAAUGGGAACUUCCAACCUGAAGAUCCCUUCCAAAAGUUCUUCAAGUGAUAGUGUCAAUUCUCCUCCUUCCAGGGCGUGUUGUGUUGUUGUUGAGUACCUUCCAGGUGGGACGCUUAAGAAAUUUUUAAUCAGAAAUAGGAGAAAGAAACUUGCCUUUAAGAUUGUGAUUCAACUUUCCUUGGACUUAUCUAGGGGUCUGAGCUACCUUCACUCUAAAAAGAUUGUACAUCGUGAUGUUAAGACAGAAAAUAUGUUGUUAGAUGCUACUAGAACUUUGAAAAUUGCUGAUUUUGGUGUUGCUCGGGUUGAGGCUCAGAACCCAAGGGAUAUGACUGGGGAAACUGGUACUCUUGGAUACAUGGCCCCUGAGGUCCUGGAUGGUAAGCCUUACAACAGGAAAUGUGAUGUAUACAGCUUUGGCAUAUGCUUGUGGGAAAUCUAUUGCUGUGACAUGCCUUAUCCGGAUCCUAGUUUUGCUUCUGAAGUUUCAUCUGCAGUUGUUCGACAGCAUUUGAGGCCAGAAAUUCCUAGAUGUUGCCCAAGUUCAUUAGCCAGUGUCAUGCGAAAAUGUUGGGAUGCAAAUCCAGAGAAGCGCCCUGAGAUGGACGAGGUAGUUGGGCUGCUCGAAGCAAUAGAUACAAGCAAAGGGGGUGGCAUGUUACCUGAAGAUCAAUCAACUGGCUGCUUGUGUUUCUCCCCAGCUCGUGGUCCAUAACACCUUUCGCCUUCCACCAGUCUUUGAUGCUCAUAGUAUUGAAGCAAUCCACUAGAUCGCAGGUUUCUCUAGCACAUGAACUAGGAAUUUAGAUGCCAGAGAAUUUCUGCGUCUAGUUGAUUCAUCACAUGUUAUCAGUGUAUUGAUAUUAGCUCUGCAUUUCUUUGUUGCAUAGAAUUAUAGAAUUUGGAAAUGUUGGAGCUACACAUUUAUUCUUUAUAUUUUUCCGUGAGUACAUCAUGGACAUCAAGAUGGAUGGCAGUAAGAAACCACGAGCAUACGCAGAUGAAAAUGAAUCAAAACUUUACAUUUUAAUAAUAUUCGGCCUGUAACCAAAAGUUUGGGUU